GGUUGUUUUCGUUGACGCGAAAUUCGUACGAUUUGGAUUUUUUGGGAAGAACGCUGAGUCAACUCGGUGGCUGAGUUUGGAAAAGCUUUGUUUGUUUGCUUUUUUGUGGCUGAGUCGUGACUCGCUUUUGUUGUGAACGAUUUGAAUAGAAUGGUUCAGCUCAUGGCUCCGAGGAAGAAGGUGACGGUGAAGUUCGACGUCGACGACGAGUCGUUCCAUGACUCCGAAAUCGCUCCGCUUCAAAAACGGCCCAAACUCGACUCCUCGUCUCUGGAGCAGUGGGGUUCAGGAGGUGCCACGUGUGCGGUUGCGCCGCUGGGAUAUGAUCCGCUGGAGGAGCCGAGCCCGCUGGGGUUGCAGCUGAGGAAGAGUCCGUCGCUUUUGGAUUUGAUACAGAUGAGGCUAACACAGCAGAAGGCUGUUAAAUUGGGCAAGAAAAAUCACAAGGGAGCUGCUGGUUCUGGUGCUACUGAUAAACUCAAGGCCAUGAACUUUCCGGCUUCGCUGCUAAGGAUUGGGACUUGGGAGUAUAAGUCUAAACACGAAGGGGAUUUGGUGGCGAAAUGUUACUUCGCAAAGCAUAAGCUUGUGUGGGAGGUUCUUGAUGGUAGUCUCAAGAACAAGAUGGAAAUUCAGUGGUCAGAUGUUGUGGCUAUCAAGGCCAACUACCCUGAUGAUGGACCGGCCACUUUGGAUGUCGUGCUUGCUAGGCCGCCUCUUUUCUUUAGGGAGACGAAUCCACAACCUAGAAAGCAUACCUUGUGGCAGGCAACAACAGAUUUUACUGAUGGGCAAGCUAGCAUAAACAGGCGACACUUCCUCCAGUGUCCACAUGGCUUGCUUUUUGGCAAGCAUUUUGAAAAGCUUAUUCAAUGUGACCCUCGUCUCAACUUUUUGAGCCAACAGCCAGAGAUUGUGUUAGAAUCUCCGUUCUUUGAAACCAGAGUUCCAGGAACAAGUGACACUGAUGAAUAUAGACAUCAGAUUUGUUCUAAGCAUGAAGAUGGACCCAUAUUUGGGUUGCAGGGUUCUGCAUCACCUUCUGGAACUCAUUCGUCCUCAUCUAGAAAUGAAGAAUUUGCUGGUAGAGCUCCUGAAAAUUAUCCCCGGGAAAUUUCUUCGUCUAUCUCAGUAAUGGACACCACUGUGAUGGCACAGAAGGGGAACCUUGGAGCCGGAAUCUCAAAGAUACCAAGCAACUUUGAUCAAAUCAAAGUUCCUGGACUUCGCUCGUCAAUGUCAGUGAGCGACUUUGUAAACCACAUUGGACACUGCAUCACGGAAAAGAUGUCUGGCACUCCCGUGUUUGCUGGAAAGGAGCAACCUAGCAGCAACAUUCUAGAGGAGAUUACUCAAUACUUGUUCAAUGACUCCCAACUCACUUUACCAUCUGAUGAGCAGUCCCUCAUGUCAAGGGUCAACUCCCUUUGUUGCCUUCUGCAGAAGGAUCCUACUGCACAAAACUUGCAUGCUAGGAGGGAUGAUGGGAGAAUGGCUGAAACCAACUCCGCUUCCGCAUCAGGUUACCAGAGUAAGAUUGGAGAAGGGUUUGUUACACCCAAGGUCGAGAGCACUGACGCUUCGGAUGAUACACAACUAGGAAUCCCAAGGCGGGAUUCAUUUGGGGAGUUUCUUCUUAAUAUGCCUAGGAUAGCAUCUCUUCCCCAGUUUCUUUUUAAUUUUUCGUGAGAACUAUAUAUACCAAAGCUACGUAGUGAUCACUUACCAUCCAAGACU